GCUCAGUAGUUAUAGGUGGAUCUCCAGUUCUGUGUGCUGGGCUGUGACAGGCUGGUAGAAGUGAGAAGAGCCUGUGAUCUCGGAAUCCACCAUGGAUGCAGUGACCUAUGAGGAUGUGCAUGUGAACUUCACUCAUGAAGAGUGGGCUUUGCUGGAUCCUUCCCAGAAGAGUCUCUACAAAGAUGUAAUGCUGGAAACCUACUGGAACCUCACUUGUAUAGGAUACAAAUGGGAAGACAACAAUAUUGAAGAACAUUAUCAAAAUUCUACAAGACUUGGAAGAUAUGUCAUCUGUCACUCUGUAUAUAAUCCAUAUAUGCAUAAGGGGAAUGGAAAGAAGCAUUGGACUUCUGUUUCUCUCAGAACAACUGGAAGAUAUGUGGUAGUCCCCAUUAUGAGAAGACUUGAUGACUGUGAUACAAGUUUACAAUUAAAUAGUUUUCCAACUUCAGUGGGAAUUCAUCAACAAACUCUCAUUGGAGAAAAACCUUUUGAGUACCAGGAAUAUGGAAAUUCAUCUCUCUCUACUGGUUCACUGUGCACAUGUGGUGUGGCUCACAGUAUAAGAAAAUGUUAUGAAUGCAAUCAGUGUGGUCAGACCCUGAGUUCUUCAAGUUCUCUUCAAAGAUGUGAAAAAGCUCAUGUGGGAAGAGAAAAUACUAAAUGUGAGUCAUCUACUACAGGCUUUAGGCUUGACAGGCAUCUUCAAACACACCAAACAACCAAUAAUGAAGAGGCUCUCUGUGAAUGUAAUAAACAUGAUAAAGCCUUUAGAUCUGAUUGCUCUUUAGAAGUAUACAAAAGAACUAAUUUCGAGGGAAAAUGCUAUGAGUAUGAUCAAAGAAUUAAAGCCUUUGCAUGUCACAAUCUUCAUCAUCAAGUACAUAGAAUUCGAACUAGAAAGAAAUGCUAUGAAUGUAAUCAAUGUAGUAAAGCCUUUGUACAGAAGAGUGAUCUUCACAGACAUGAAAGAGUUCAUACUGGAGAGAAACCCUAUGUGUGUAAACUAUGUGGUAAAGCCUUUGCACAAAAAACUAAUCUUCUAAGUCAUGAAAAAAUUCAUACUGGAGAGAAACCAUUUGAAUGUUAUCAAUGUGGUAAAGCAUUUUUAAUGAAGAGUAAUCUUCUCCGCCAUGAAAGAAUUCAUACUGGAGAGAAACCCUAUGAAUAUAAUCAAUGUGGUAAAGCCUUUGCACAGAAGAUUAGUCUUCAAAGUCAUGAAAUAAUCCAUUCUGGAGAGAAGCCCUAUGAAUGUAAUCAAUGUGGUAGAGCCUUUGCCACGAAGAGUUAUCUUCCCACCCAUGAAGGAAUUCAUGCUGGAGAGAAACCCUAUGAGUGUAAUCAUUGUUGUAAAGCCUUUGCACAGAAGAGUAGUCUUCAAAGUCAUGAAAGAAUUCACACUGGGGAGAAACCCUAUAAUUGUAACCAAUGUGGUAAAGGCUUUGCACACAAGGGUAGUCUUCAAAAUCAUGAAAGAAUUCAUACUGGAGAGAAACGCUAUAAAUGUAACCAAUGUGGUAAAGGCUUUUCACAGAAGGGUAGUCUUCAAAGUCAUGAAAGAAUUCAUACUGGAGAGAAACCCUAUAAAUGUAACCAAUGUGGUAAAGGCUUUGCACAGAAGGGUAGUCUUCAAUGUCAUGAAAGAAUUCAUACUGGAGAGAAACCCUAUAACUGUAACCAAUGUGGUAAAGGCUUUGCACAGAAGGGUGGUCUUCAAUGUCAUGAAAGAAUUCAUACUGGGGAGAAGCCCUAUAAAUGUAACCAAUGUGGUAAAGCAUUUGCAAAGAAGACUAAUCUUCUCAGUCAUGAAAGAAUUCAUACUGGACAGUACCAUAUGGAUGUAAUCAAUGUGGUAAUAUCAGAUGUGAGCUGCCAUGUAGGUGCUGCAAACUGAAGUCUGUUUUCUACAAGAGAUACUUGCUGGAGCCCAGUUCCAUAGGGGUUUAGGUCCCAAAGAAGAGAUCAGGCAUUAGUAGAGGAAGGAGAAUGCCAUGAUCUGAGAGGGAAGCAGUAGAGCUGCUGCUUUACUGAAAAAUGACUCCACAUUUUAUGCUCUAUAACUGAAUCUUAGUUUAGACACAAGCAGAUUAAAAACAGACUUACUGAUUCCAGGAUAAAAGCAGCCAUCAACUUCAUUACCACAUUUUUACUGAGUCAAAUAGUGAUAAAUUCAGCAAGUAUCUUAAUGCCUUUCUGGAUGUGAGCCCAUUGUUUCCUUUCAUAGUUGCUUUCAUCCUUGGAACUAGGUCUAUCCAGUUAGUAAAUCAUUACGUUCUCUAUUUUUCGUGUAAUCUUGUGUGGAAGUAGGCAUAGUCAUCACAUUGUGUGGUUCCAUGGUGGUGGGAUUUUUUCAAAAAUUUUGUUUAAAGAGACCUCCCUGCCUAUGUAUACAUUCCCAUCCUCCAGUUUAGCCAGCAAAAAAAAAAAAAAAAAUUCCCUCAG